UGCUUUGACUGCUCUAGAGGGAGGUAGAUUCAUUUGACUGCUAUAGUCAGUGGUAUAUUCAGUGUUUUACCACAGAAUAUUGAGAGUGUGUUGUAUCAGAAAGAGACAUGGCAUGUACAGACUGUAUGAAGGCGUCAGAUUUCUCUAUUGAUAAAAAAGGAAUCAAGAAGAGAAACUGGAGGACAAGGAUACGAUAUCUCUUGAAGAUCACCUCUUCUUCAAAAUCCAUGGCAAGAAGAAGAUCUUACAGGCCAACAGUGGAUGAAGUCAACCAAUGGGCACAGUCACUUGACAAACUCCUGAGUCACAAAUAUGGAAAGGCAGCAUUUCGGAUCUUCCUGAAGUCAGAGUUCUGUGAGGAGAAUAUAGAGUUUUGGACAGCCUGUGAGGAGUUCAGGACCAUCUCGUCUCUAGAGAAACUGUCGUCGAGGGCCAGAAGCAUCUAUGAAGAGUUCAUCCAGUGUGAUGCUCCUAAAGAGAUCAACCUGGACUACCAAACGAAAGAUGCUAUCAUCCAGAGCCUGUGUCUGCCCAGCCUGACGUGUUUCCUGUUGGCCCAGAAGAAGGUGUUCAGCCUGAUGGAGAACAACUCGUACCCUCGCUUCAUCCACUCUGAGCUCUACAAGGAACUUUGUGCCAUUGCCAGGGGAGAGGGGCAAUAUCUCAAGUCUUAAGAUUAACCACUUUGAAGGAUUGUCUAUGCAGUCACACAUUACAUGUUGAGCCAUGCGGUCAAUGGCAAUGCUGUAGUGCACUAUUUAUAAACAGUACUGUAAUGUAGGAAGUACAGUGAAUAACUAAAUAGCUUUUCGUUUACAUUUUAAAAAUGUAAAUUCAACUUUGUGCAUCCUGCUUUUGAGGAUUGAGACAAAACAAUGCAGAUCAGACAUAAAGUCAUUUUGAUAUUGGCUUAAAAUGGAACUGCCCAUCCUGUUGUUUGAAACUGCAGUUGAGUUAAUUUCACCGAACACCAGUACCGGUAAAUAAUUGUCUAAUAACUAUUUGCAACUAUAUGAUGUGAGUAAGCACUUUCUGGGACCAGAGGUAUAAGUUUAAAUUGGUAACUGCUUUGCUGGAGAGCUGAAUGGAGGUGAAUGUUUUGCAUCGCAUAAAGGUGUUUACACUAAAUAUUGUAGCGGAUGUUGCUUCAAACCAGGGAUGGGCAGACCUUUUGGUUUGAGGCCAACAUCGGGAUUUCGAAAUUCAACGGAGGGCCGCACAGAUAUAGUUAUUUGAUAUAGUUAUUUGCAGUUAUUUGAAAAUAUAUAGGUCCAUUAUACAUUCUACAUAUUUUCUAUGUAGUUUUUUUUUUUUAACCCCCUGCAGUUCAUUGUGGGUGAACUUACUGUAAAUAAAACAAUAGGCAAAGGUAUGGUGGCAGCUGGACUGCAAUACUAUGGUUCUUUUUUUAUUUUGUUGAAUACAUACAUGUCCAAUGUCAAGUCUAAUAAAAUAUUGAAUUCAGAACAUUUC